AUGACAGAGACGUCCGGGUCCCAGCCCCCGGGGUGGGACAUGCGGCGCACCGUGAGCUCCCGUGCCGUGCAGGGUCGCCUGGCAGCCGAGGUGCUGCGCAAGCUCUCCCUGGCCGCCAGCGCCGACAGGAAGGAGGACCGGGACAUCAUCUGCAGCGAGGUGUUUGCCGACAUCACCGGCGACCUGAACAGCGCUGCUCAGGGCAGCACGGGCACGCUGUACACCCGGUGGUACGAGGUGCUGGCCCCCUACUUCUGCGCCGACGAGGGUGCGAGCGAGGCGCUGCUUUCCGCCUGCCGCCGGCUGUGGGGCCAGCCCUUCACCACCCCCACCUUUGCCCUGCUCCUGCACCAGUGGCUGCUGGUGCACCCCGGCGCGGGCGGCGCGGACCAGCGCCUCAAGUACCUCAACGUCCUGGUCUCCGGCGCGCGCCAGCUGUUCGUGGGGGACGCCGAGACGGGGAGCGCCGCCUUCGCGCCCAUGUUCAGCUUCCUGGCCGAGCGUGUGGUGCUGUCGCCCGGUGGCGCGCGCCUGGCCGCCCUCCCCGAGACCGGGCGGGAGGCGGUGAUGGCCCUGGCCGCCUCCUUCGCGCCCUACUACCUGGGGCCCUCGGGGGACUAUGUGACCUUCCUUGACUCGUUCCCGGCGCCAUCGGCGGUGUCGGCGGGGCGCCCACCCCCCCGCGACCCCGGGCGUGACGGCGGGCGGCGCGAGGGCGUGGACUUUGCGCUGGACCGGGCGGUGGAGGCGCUGGCCCGCGAGGUGACCGCCGAGCCGGGCGUGCUGGCCUUCCUGGCCGCGCUGCGCGCGCUGGGUGGCACGGGCCUGCUGGGCGCGCUGCGCACCUCCACCCGCAUCCGGCUCCAGGCCGAGCUCUACGCGCUGACGCAGCCGGGCGGGCCGCGCUACGCCUCGCGCGCCGUCAACCGCGCCGCCUUCCGCGCGCUGGACGCGCUGUUCCCGCGCGGGCGGCGCGCGCGGCGCCUGGUCAACGCCGCCUUCCGCGUGCUGCACCCGGGGGAGUGGCCUUGGCUCUGGUGGGACGCGCUGUGGGACGGCGCCCGGGCCGUGAGGGCCUGGGCGCGGCUGGCGGGCCGGGCCGCGAGGGGGCUCUGGGCACGGCUCGCCGCCCGACUACGGUGGCGGCCGGGGACGGGGCGCGGUAUCCUGUGCGGUUGA